AUGAAUCCUCAUUAUUACCUGAAGCAUCUCGCUGCCGUGGAAUUUUUGCGUUCAUUUUUCGAGAAACCUGUGCUUUUAGUACCCGCAACUGAGCUGGCGGGCCAUCGCCUGUUAUCACCGCCGCCGCCGCCGCCACAACGGCUCCUCACCGUCUUCAUCCAUCCAAGCUCCAUCCCAAUGAACGUCGCAACCCGAUUCAUGCCGACGACACGUAUUGGCUCGUCAGCCCUUGCUUCCCGUCACGACACGGCUUCCAAUGCUGUCCGCCCUCGCGCCCGCCAUGCCAUCAGCGCCGAUAACAAGGACGAUGCUCGUCCAAUUGCACGAAGCUCCUCAUCCCUGUCCCCUCCUCUCAGUGCUGCACCGAGUCGCACCCCAAGCCCCAUCGCUGCUGCGCGGCGCCCGGCUGGCGCGGGCGAGUCGAGGUCGGUGAGCAACCCGCAUUUCGACCGUGAUUCCGGAUCACGAGAGAACAACACACUGGGCCUCAUUGAAAAUUCGUUAGUACACGGCUGGUCGUCCCUCCAAGGGCUUGCAUCUUCGCUUCUAUCCCAUGAUAGCAGCACAGCACAUGUGAACGGUCACGGCGCCAAGCCCAGACCACGGGGGGACGAUUCUAGUUCAUCCUUCCGGGAUCAAAUAGGUUCCUGGGCUUCGAGGUCAACUGUGAACAUGCAGCUGGAUAUUGGAGGAUUUUUUGCAAAGAACGCUGCCGAGAGAAAUGCGUUGCCCACGGCCGACACAACAGCAAGUGUCUUGGAAUACCGCAAGGGAGUCGAUGAUGGUCUGGACAUUAGGCACAAUUACAAGAGGAGGAAGUCGGACGAUCUCAGCAACAAUGCAGUCGCCCAGGAGUCACCCGAGGAUAAGCUGGUCUACAUCCAUCACGUUAAAGCGACUGAUACGUACGCCGGCAUUAUCCUGAAGUACAGAUGUCGCGAGGACGCAUUUAGAAUGCUCAACGGUCUUUGGUCGAGGGAUAUACAGAUUCGCACAUGGCUGGCCCUCCCAGUCGACGCAUGCGAUAUCCGCGGCCGCCCAUCCCCGCCGCCCAAUCAAGCCAACAAAGCGGUUGAGCCAUCCACUCGCACUGAGCCGGAUUUGCGCGACCAGCAGCCUAACAAGUCAGCACAAUCAUCGAAGUCUACCGACUGGUAUGGCCUGCCUCAUGAAACUCAGUCGGAGGAUUCAGCGAGGCUCGACGAACUUGAUGAGAGACCAUGGACGCAUGUUCGAUGGGUCACCCUGGAUUCACAUUCCGAGCCAGUCGAGAUCGCCCGGAUCGCGAAGAAGACGAUAGCCUGCCCCCCGCCGAGACGAAAAAAGAGCUUGCAUACGACAUCAACUGUCUCAACCCCAAGGCAGUCCCUGGAUGCCCCCGGCGCCGCCGAUGCUUUGGGCGGCAGUCCAGGCCGUGACAGCACGCUGUCUGGCAGACGUCAGAGGAAACCGGAUCCCCACCGGCAGUCCCCUUCUGGGUCUUCCAGGAGUCGAGUUAGCAGUACCGGCGCUGAUGGCCGACCUCUUUGGAUGCGCCGGCCGGGAGGGGUUGGUUCCAUGGGGAGGAAUGUGCGCUCGCCAGGCCCCGAAUCGGACCCCUUGAAUGCUUGGGCCAAGCGCCAUCUCCCCGCUAUCGCCAUCUCCGAGUCACUUCCCUCGAUAUCUGUCAUGGGAUCAGAGACUGCCAAUUUCGGGUUUGGGAAGCCCGACGAGCGCGACAAUUCUGCGACCAUUGUGGAGAGUCCCUUCGACGAAGGUCACGACUUGGACUCGACUUCAAGACAGGGAUCCGGGCUAGAUCGGGCUGCAGCCCAAGUAGAAACAUGGCUACGCAGUGCCUUUGCAAAAAGGCAGGGUGCAUCCUCUACGCAAUCGAACUGGAACAGCCGCAGCACGAGUCAGGUGGAGGGCGCAGACCUCAUAGAGCUGGCCGAUACUCUUAGCGAUGAUGGAAGGCCAACAGGCUCGGCGGUCGGCCCGGGCCUUGUGCACUCGGAAAGGCCGCCGUUUCCUUCCGGUGGGCCGACCGCGGGCCAAAAUUUGUUGUCGAAAGGCAGACACAACGGCGAUGCCUACGGAUACAAGGAGCACAAAGGAAAGCCCGAGUUCUUCUUGCCUGGUGUUGGUGUUGGUGUUGGUGUUGUUGUUGUUGGUCAAUUAUACCAUUUAGGCGGCCGCCUGUUCUGGGGCUAGACGCGGUGGUAUCAUUAUGGCUUGUUAUCUUUCAUCAUUCACACAUUCUCCAAGCAUGGGAUGACGGCGUUAGCGUGGAGGAUUUAGAGGUUUUCGUACAGGUAAUCUAUACCACACAAAGCACUGAAACAAGUGUUGCUCUACCAGCCAGCUUAGCUACUCAGGUUCUGGAACUUGUUGCGUUGGCGAGGAAGACAAUCCGGGAACAUAGUUGCAGAUCGCACUUUCCUAUAAAAAUCGACUCGUCGCGUAUUUCAAUCUCCGAAGUUCUCGUCAGAAAUGAAUGGUAGGAAGAUCUAUUCCCCCGUGAUCUCUUUUGGGGUCCCUCCCAACUCCUCAAACAAAUCGUAGAGCUGUAUCUGUAUCAACCUCCCACCGGACGCCUGCCGAUUGCUUCGACUCCUAAAUACACGCUCGCUGUACUUCAUAUAUCUAUAGACUG